CGAACAUCUUAAAAGAACACAUCUUCCAUGAAGAACUUGGGAGCUCUUUCGGUUAUUUUCCUCUUGUUGAAACCUGCCAGAGCUCAAAACCCAGUAGGCUCUAGCCCUGACCCAGAAACGAUCCAUCCUGUACAUCCUAGCAUGGUAGUCAUCGUUGGUGUACUGGCUAUGAUGUUAUCUCUAACAUUCCUCGUCCUCGCAUACGCGAAAUUCUGUCACCGAAACCCUUCCAGUCCUCCAUAUUCUGACACCCGAAACGACCAAGGCCUCAACAGGUCGAGGCCCCGGUUCUCUGGGAUCGACCAGAAUGUCAUUGACUCGCUCCCUCUCUUUAGGUUCUCCUCGCUGAGGGGCUCGAAAGAAGGCCUAGAGUGUGCGGUUUGCAUCAACAAGUUCGAAGACUCAGAGACCCUACGCCUGUUGCCGCAGUGCAAGCAUGCCUUCCACUCGAACUGCAUCGACCAGUGGCUCAAGAGCCACUCUAGCUGUCCACUCUGCCGGGACAAGUUCAAUCCUAGGGACCUCACGAACUUCGCUUAUUCAUUGAGCCUGAGAUUCUCACAGUGGAUUCCGUCAAAUUUGUCAGAGGAUGCAAAUCUCGAGCUCAUCGUGCAGAGAGAAGCGGAUAACGACCAUGGUUCAUCCCGAUAUAGUGACAGAAUCAGCUUCCGUUAUUCAGAAAAGGGGCCGAAUCUCGGAGAAGAAUGCUUGAAUGAGGAGAGUGGAAACUGUGGGAGAGAUCAGAAGCUACUCCACAAAUUCAAGCACAAGAUCAUCAUCUCUGAUGUCGUUACUAAGAGCCGGUGGAGCGACGUCAAUUCUUCAGACUUGCUCUUCUUGAACUCUGAAUUGAUCAAUGUCUUCUCGAGCAGAAGAUUCGCGGACACGGAAUCUAGGAGCGGGAGGUUCAAUGGUGAUUUUACAUUGAACGAGCACUUGGCCAAGAUUAAGGAGGACAUAGAGCGGAAGAGGUUGUUUCAGUCCAAGGUUGGCACAAUCGCUAGUUCAAGCAAUGUGCUUGUCAAUCCUGGAGAGAAUUCAUUAGUGCUAAUGAACAAUCCUGCUGAGAAACGAUCGAUGUCCGAGAUCGUCAACCUUUCAAGGUUCGCAUUCAGUUCAAAGCGCAGAAACAAAGAAGGUCCGGGAAAUGAUAAUGGAAGGGAAGAGAGAAUGAGACAGCUUUGGUUGCCGAUGGUAUGCCGGACCGUUCAAUGGUUUGCUGGUCGAGAAAGGGACUCGCGAGAGGUGGAGGAGAAAGCUCGCAGAUCCAACAUCGAAGAUAUUUUGUAAAUUCUUUUGCCUAAUUGAUACAAGUUAUGUAGUAUUAAACAUUUGUGAAUCACACAUAUGGUUUCAUAGAUUAUUGCAUUAUGCAUUUCUCAUUCCCU